AUGAGCGCAGAGGCGCAAAGGAUCGAUGCUGAUGCGAAGGCCAUGGCAAUGCCGCCUGAUGCGAAGAAGGAUGCCAAGCCUGUUAAGGUCUCCAAGCCCCGCAUCGAUUGCAUCGACGGUUGCCGCUUCGCGCUUGUCUUCCCCAUCGUCGUUGCGCACUUUGCCAGGUUUGGCACCAAGAACCUGACGGCACUGAAGCUGCUCACGCAGGAGAACGUGCUAGUCGGUGGAUUCUUUGUGAUCUCAGGGUAUGUGUCUGCUUACACCUCGACAAAGCUGGGCGAGCGGAAGGCAGAGGACAAGAAGCUUGCCAAUCCAGAGCUCUUCUUCUGGCAGAGGGUCAUGGCGUACUAUCCCCCGCACUUCGUAGUGUCCACCCUCUUCGCCCCGAUGUUCAUCCAGGUUGAGAGGUGGUUCAACACGCCUUGGACCACUACGGCCUUCCGUGCCUUCCUGAACUUCAGCAUGCUGCAGGCUUGCUGGCACCAAAUUGAGGAUGUCUUCAAACUUCAAAGUUUGAGUUCCGCUUUUUGA